AUGGCGUUAAGUGAUGGAGCAGUGAUAACAAUGUGUAAUUCAUCGGGAGCAACAUUGAGGUCAACUACAUCAAAAAGUAGUGCUAGUGUUGCUGGUGGUUCCUUUAGUGUUUGUCCAGCUCGAUUGAAUCUCAAAAGCAAGGGAAAACCGGAUAAUGUAUGUCAAUUAAUAACAAUUGCUGAUCAAAAAACAUUGACCCGAUCGAGAGCGCCAUAUCAGACAAGAAAUGAGAGAACACUACCGAAGGGCCGUUCGGCCAGUCUGACAACAUUUGGAAAUGUGCAUAAUUUUAAUGGUGAUAAUUCUCGUAAUACAAUGGCAGCUGCAGCGAUAUCCCUGAAACAGUUCGCAUCUCAACUUCGAUCACCACGAUUUUUCGAACCUGUCACAAAUUUGAAAUGCUUUGUACCAUAUACACCGCCGCCCAUGUUAAGUCCAAUGAGACGAGGCUCAGGACUAUUUUGGAAAAUUUCACAGACUCCUCCAUCAAAGGUCAGCAUGCUACAAUCAUCACAAGGAAAUAAUAAUUUUGAUAAAGCAGGAGCCAGCGAUAGUCAUCACGAAAAUGAAACAAACGAGGAACCAAUUGGAAAACGUUUACGAAGAUGCAAUACGUCAACACUGCAAUCGGUUAAAGAGGGUUUUACAGAUGAGGAGCAACAGGAGAUGCGGACACCGAUUCGGAAGAAUGGAUUCUGUUAUUCAUCUCAAUUUUUCGAUAUUGGAUUACCACACUUGGAAGCUUUACGAAAAGAAUCGGACAUUUCCUGGAAUAGUUCUAGUUCAUCGAGUAUACCUUCUAGUGCAGUAAAUUUACCUUCUCCUAGGAAAUUAUCGGUUUCAUUGGAUGAUGAAGCUCUAAGAAAGACUUCAUCAUGUUCCGAUUUCGGGGAAGAAAUUUACAUUGCUCCAGAAUCCGAUGCUGUACCACAUAUUAACUGUGGACGUGACUAUCAAGUAAAGGUAAAAAAAUGGGCUGAUCGAGCGAUAAGCGAUGAAGAACGUGAUGCUAUACCUGAUCGCGAUGAUGCCAUUUUCGAUUGUAAUAUCAUUGAUCAUCUAGACGAUUCUGCUGUUGAAGCCUAUGAAUUGUUAUCUUAUAGCAAAGCAGUACCACGGCCAGGUAGGAACAGAGAAUUGGCACUACAUUUGCUAAUGGAGAACAAGGGAAAUAUUCAAGAAGCUGUUUUGGAUUUAAUGCGAUCAGAUACGCUAGACUGGAGUCAGUACCCGAUUAUUUACAAUUCGAUAUACACUGAUACAAAUUCUUGGACGCCGGAGGAAAUCAGUUUCUUCCAAGAUGCCAUUUAUAAAGGCGAAAAAGAUUUCCAUCAAGUAGCAUCAGACUUGGGCAACAAAACAGUAAAGCAAUGCGUGGAAUUCUAUUAUAUGUGGAAAAAAGCAUGUCCGGACGACUAUCGAAAACUAAGAAAUUUGCGACGUAAACGUCAGUUGCUGGAAAUGCAGCAACAGCUUGACUUGAUGGAAAGUUACAAUCUGAGGUCGAACAGUCGACCAGCCGAAAGUGGCGAAUUGUUGGGUUUAGAAGAAGGAAGUGAUCUAUCUGCGAUUUCACAUGACACGGAUAAAAUGAAGAGUGAACAUUCGGUUAGGAAUACAAAUUGUUCGGCGAUAGCACGAAAAUACUCAAUGGCAAGAUUUGGAGAACUGCCACAUUCAAGAAUUCCGUCUUCAGUGAUUAUGGGAAAUGAUGCUAUAUCUCGAUCUUCUUCCCAAUUGCAUCGAACACCAAUUAAAAAAGGUGCUCAACCAGCGGCUGAUGGCUUCUUCCACUGCCGCCUUUGUGAUAAAUAUUUCGAAAAGGUUAAAAGUUUGAAUGCCCAUAUGAAAUCGCAUGCAAUGAAAGCACGAGCUGAAGCUGAAGCGGCUCAAUCACAGUUGAAUUUGCAACAUCACGACAAUAACGCUAAAACAACUAAUGCUAGUAAUAUUAUUGAAAAAACGAUAUCAAUAAAAAGCUCACCAAUGACUGAUUCAAUGUCGUUUGUUCAUCAUCCUCAUCAUCAGAAGGAGCAACAACAAAGCUCGUUGAAUAUCGAUCCACUGAAAUCCAACAUCGAGAGAUCAACUAUGCAAGUAACCAAUAAUUUUGCUGCUGCUGCUUCAACUACAGCAGCUAUUGUUGCUUCAGAACAGAAUCCAUUCUGUCCAGUUAUCGCAAAAUCAGGAGGUAGUGGAAGGCUGGGUCAGGAUCUUUUUGUGCAAACGUCUCUAACUCCGGAGCAUCAUCAGUUCACCCAGAAUACUCUGAUGUCCGGUUCGUUGGGUCUAGCAGCCCAUCAAGCUUUAAAUCAGUCUCUUACUGCUGCCAGUGUUCUCAAUCAGUUUCCACAAGCUCAAGCAUUGCAAUUUUUGAACAAUUUACAAAAUCCAGCUAUUACUCAUUAA